AACCAAAUCAUGCAAAACCUUCGCUUUAGAAAUUUCCUCACAAUACUUUUUCGUUGAGCGCAACACCUGUUGCAAAAUGCAACAGGCUAUGCGCCUUCCACCAUUUAUGCUAUUCCUGAUUGUUUGUUUAUCCCGAGUCAUUGCAAUAUCAUCGUCGUUGCCUAACGCAUACGAUGAGAAUACAAAUCAAAUGAGGCAACAAUCAUCCUGGAAUAGUAGCUGGCUACCCAGAAAAGCUGCAACUAACAGUGGAGUCGACCAUUAUGCUCUAAUCGAGUACUUCACGGACUCUGUUCUUUUCGGUGGCAUGUCAACAUUGGAUGUCUAUGGUAUAAAAACUGUCAAUAACCAAAUAAGCUCAUCACACAUGUGUGUGGUCGGUCGAGGGAAGGAUUUCAGUAGUCACAAUGCUGCAGUAGCUGGAUGGACGGUUAGCCCAUCCGAAUAUGGUGACAGCAAAACACACUUCUUUACACUAUGGACGGCUGAUGGGUAUAAGUCGACUGGAUGCUAUGACUUGAAAUGCGAUGGUUUUGUGCCAGUACAAAAUGCCCCUAUCACUCCAGGAGACACUCUAGACCCCCAAAACGGAAAACUUAAGAUCACCAUCAAGAUAUUCAAGAAGAAAAAUGAUGGUGACUGGUGGUUGUACUUUGGUUAUGAUAAUCAAAGCCUUAGAGCUGUUGGAUUCUGGCCACAAAGUAUCUUUAAUAAUUUGGCAGACCAUGCAAAUUCUGUACAGUGGGGUGGUUACACCUUCUCUGAUUCCGGGAGUGCUAGUCCUGCAAUGGGCAGUGGCCACUGGCCUGGGAUACAUUCUGCAACUGUUCGAGACGUCAGAUUUGUGGAUGACACUGGUAGGGGCUACAAAAUUGAUCCAUGGCCCGGGGGCCUUAUUCCUUCUAUCUCCCACAAAAAGUGCUAUGGAGCCAUUCUAUCUGUAGGUGAAAUGUUUUAUUAUGGCGGACCUGGUGGUUGUACUAUGUAGUAAGGCUUUAUAGUUUGAGAUGAGAUCCAAAUUAUAUAAUAAAGAUUCAAUGUGU